AUGAAUGCAGAAUCACCAUCAUUUAAUCAUGUCAAUUUUCAACGUGAUAUAGAUCAUUCCUAUUCAAUUGUCGAAUAUCCUCAUUUAACAUCACUUAGUAUAAUGUAUGUGCAUAUUGAUUAUGUUGAACAAUUUUUACUUCGUACAAAAACUUCUUUACCUCGUUUAACUCAAUUAAAAGUGAAGUAUGAGAAAUUAAGAAAUGUCACAGAAAAUUUUACGCGAGAUGUGACGCGAUUCAAUUGUCUUCAAGUUAAACGAAUAAUUUUUGAAGAGACAAUAGUUCAUUUGAAAGAGUUUUAUUUCUAUUUUCCUCUCUUGUAA